UGCUGAUAUGCUACUUCCGGUUGUACCGCAAGAAUGGCGGACAAGCUGACCGAUGCCGAAAUAGCUGACGAAUUAAGGAAGUUUGGAGAACAAGUGAAGGUUCCCAUAGACAGGAAAAAGAGACCAUUGCUUCUAAAAAAGCUUAACCAUUAUCGUGCAAAAGAAAGGGCUGCCACGCAGCCCAAAAAGUCGUCACCAUCUCGUAAAAAACAGCCGGCUGAAUUUAGCUCUGAGGAGAGCGCCGAAGAGGAUAAUGAAGCCGAUUCAACAUUUGGAAAAAUAUUUGGUCGUGCGAAAAAGGCACCAUCAUCUCCUUUCUACAGCAACACUAACACUAUUGAAAUAUCCCCCUCGUCGUCAAAAGACGACCCUAAACUCAAAAGGAACACGAGAAGAUCUUUUCUCUCAAAAGAUGUUAAUUCUUCUGAAAACAAAUCAAAAAUGUACCCGGACUUGUCAGAACUGUCCAUUUCUAGUGACAGCAAUUCGAAGAACAGUUCUUUAAAUAGAAGCACUUUAGAAUAUAGUUAUGAACAAGAAUUCACAGACUCUGAUCCAGACGACAGUACAUAUGAAGUAGUAAAUAAAUCGGUGAACACAACUUUUAUUUAUGACAAUCAGGAUGAGGAACCAACACUCCACCAAACUCGUAGCACACCUCAUCGCGGUACACCAAAUCGUAAAUCUGGAAAUACCCCAAACUCUGUCUUGGUUCAAAGACAAAAGAAAAAUAAAGCUAACAUGAAUCAUGUAAAUAAAUUGCCAAAAGAAGAACCUGAAGAGCCAUUAGAGGAUGCAUUUCAGACUACAGAGAAAGUAACAGAAACAUCAUCAAGCUAUGUUUCAUCAAUUCUAGUGCUUCUUGUUGCCAUAUUCUUCCUCAGUAUCUCACUCACAUAUGUUUAUUUACGAAGAGAUUAUUUGUUUCACACAGAAUCAGAAUCAGGUCUUAUUGUGCCAUGGUCUACAAAGUUUGGUGAAGAUAAAACACAUGAUACAGAUGAUAUCUUGGAGAUUGUUAGAAAAAUUAGUGCUUACAUUCAUCAGCAACCUCUAGAUCCAAAAGCAGAUGCGAAAAGAGUAACAAAACAAGUUGUGAAAAUGAAGUUGGAAAAAGAUAGGGUUGUUAAGAAGGAUGGUGUUGAAUUUAUGAAAGCGUUACAUUUAAUCUUAGCCAAUCCAGUGUGGUCCAUCAGAUUACUUAAGGAAGAUGGUCAGCCUAUAGUAUAUACUCCAGAUUCCGAAGACAAAGAUGCUGUAGAAAAGGCAGCAUAUCUAGAAGCAGACAGAGACAAAUCAUUGUUAGAAAGACUGAGGGACUCAGCAUACAGAAUAUUUGUUGGAUUUGUCUUGUUGUUAUCAUGUAUUAUAGCAGGAGUGAUAGGGUUGUUAAUUCUCAGGUUUUAUAACAAGUCCAAAGAAGAAGAACAAAAGAGAGUCUACAAUAUGGUGGAACAAAUCAUUGAUGUCAUUAAAGAUAACUUUGAAGCAAGUGAAGGAGAAAGUAAUGUGCCGUCAUUUAUGGCCAUUCAACAUGUACGAGAUCAACUACUACCUAUAGCAAAAAGAAAGAAACUCCUGCCUACGUGGGAAAAAGCUGUUAAAUUUAUUGAAGCUAAUGAGUCGAGGAUUCGAGUUGAAUCCCAGUCCAUACAAGGAGAAGAAUUCCUGGUCUGGAAAUGGCUUCCAACAAUAUCUAAUGGUGGAAAAGUUUGGCAGGGGCAAGCCUUUAGUGAGAACAAUAUGUCACCAUCAACUAGUCUACAUUAUGGCCCUACUCCAUGUCUGAAGAUAAGGAACAUGUUUGAUGCUGAUAUGGAAAUAGAGGAAGACUGGGAACAAAAUGUGAAAGACGCCAUUCUGGAGAAAUGUAGAGGAAUAACUGGUAUACUACACAUACAUGUAGAUGAUACGUCUAAAGAGGGCUGUGUGUACAUGAAAUGUGGAAGCUGUGAAGUGGCUUACAAGGUGUACAAAUCUUUACAUGGAUGGUGGUUUGAUGGUCGUUUGGUAACAGUUAAAUAUCUGCGACUAGAGCUUUAUCAUAGUAGAUUUCCAGUUUCAAUUCGUGUUACCAAAUCCUUGAAGCCUUCCAACAAUAAGAUGUCGUCUUUGUCCCAGCCAUACCAUCGAUCAACACUUGAAAUGACGUAAUGGCAUCCUAUAGUUAGAUAACAGAUCUCAUUGUACAUGGACUUCAGUGCCUUGUAUAAUUUUAUUUAUGUCGAUUAGUGCACAUGAUGUGAAGAUAUUUCCAAGACUGUUCCGGGUGAAGAUGAACAUUUAGUGACAAAUGAAUCGUGGAUUGAAUAUUGCAAGAUUUUGUAGAUUUUUUUCAUAGGGCAGUGUUGAUUUGAAUAUCAUGUAAAGAUGUAUUUUAUUUGUUUGUUUAAUAAUGUACUCAGUCAUGAAAGUGUAGGUUAAUUCAACAAAUUUUGCUUUGUAUUAUCCAUUUCAACAAAACAUUCUGGUAAUUUUUUCUUUUUUUUUUGCUAGAAUACUAGUAAGAUCUUUAUGCACCUUUGUCUUUGGUCUAGUUAUACAUGAUAUCUUUGGUAAAUGUAACAAUGGUCCAUUCGUUUGAUGUGUUAUAUCAUUUAAUUUGCCAUUUGAUUAUGGACUUUCUGUUUUGAAUUUUCCUCAGAGUUCAGUAUUUUUGUGAUUUUACUUUUUCCCAGUAAAGGAUAAGCCAAUCACAGUUUCAAAAUUUCAUUAGAUUUGUAAAAUACUUCUGGUUUUGUUUCCUUUAAAAGAUCUAACACUUUCUAGUUUGGGCCAAAGUUAGCAUUUAGAUUUUUGGAAUAGUCCUGGAUUUGUUUCCUUUAAACUUCCUGGUUUUGGUUUAAGUUUACUUUAGGGGUGGGUAGAUUGUUAACGGAUAGGUUACUGUAGUUUAGAGAUCUUUUAACUUUGACCUUUAGAGAUCUUUUUACUUUGACCGUUAUAGAUCAGGAUUCAUUAGAGAACAUGUAGCUAUUAUUGCCUUUGUAGUGUAGUACAAUGUAAUCCAAUACUCCUAAACCAGCCUAUUUCAAUAGAAGUGCAACUUCAGAUUAUUUCACUAAUCUGCUCAUCUUCAGAAUUUUGCAUAUGAGGUUGGGAUCAGAGAGUGUUUUUGGUUUUGAUCCAUCUGAAAACAAAAGUUCUUCACAAUACAAACAAUAUUUGUAACAGAAUAACCCUACACAAUUAUGUGCCAUUUUUCUCAGGUAAUUGUAAUAUCAUGUUUUAAUUACAUAACAACUGUUCCAUUAAGUUAAAAUAUAAUGGGUACACAAACAUUUUUUGUGAGGCUUUACAGUAUAUAAUAUAGGUUUAUUUCUGACAGAGGACUUUAAAAUAGUUGAUUUCAAAAAAAGUUUUUGAAGGUUAGUUUAUAAUGUUCAUGCUGUUAGUUAUAACAUCACACUCAUCAUGUGCUUAUAUAACUCUUAUAUACAAUAGGGGUAUAUAUGAUUUUUGUGUAGUUUUGUUACACUUUUGGCAAUUUUGUUAUGUAAUAUGCCUUAAUGUCCUUUAUUUUAUGUAUUUUGUCGAAUCCUACCAUACAGUCAAACUUCAAUAGUUUGAACUAAAUAAUAGUUAAAAUGUUGGUGCAACCUUGAAAUCUAAAUCUGCUCUGAACUCUUACAUUUAAUUAGUCAAUAACACUUUGUUUGAAUUGACUUUGUGUGUUUUAUAAGAUUUUCAUUGUGAAUUAAAUAAAAAAAACUUUAACUUUUUGCAUACCUUGGGUAUAUCUUGUUAGUUUAUUUAUGUCACAAGACCUUUUCAUUUUCCAGCUCCAUAACUUUGUUUAGUGGGUAAUAAGAAGAUUAUUUACACUUGUGAAGUAGCUGAUCCAGGGGUUGGGGGUGAUUCAAGGGUUGGAACCUUCUUUUAUUGGACGAUCAAUGCAUUUGGAUGAAGACAUGUGGUUGGAACCCCUCUUUUUAAAAUGGCUGGAUCCACCCCUGUGCUGGAACUGUUAUUAGUUAUUAACAUACAUGUGUGUAUGUCUUGAUUGUGUAAUUAACAAUUGACAUACAAUUCCUUUUGUGCCAUGCCAUCAAAAUUAUCUUUUUAUUGCAUUUAUAUUCAGCAGUGACAAAAAGGUUAUGCAACUAAAGAGGAAUCUAUUUUGUAUUGAUUUCUUUCUUUCAUGUCUUACACAAGCAUCAAAGUAUUUGCUGUAAGGUUAAGAGGAAUCUAUUUUGUAUUGAUUUCUUUCUUUCAUGUCUUACAAAAGCAUCAAAGUAUUUGCUGUAAGGUUACACUGACCGUGUAAGGGCUCUAUAGCCAGUCAAGGUAGUUAAAACCUCCCAUCAUCAUGUAGUGUUAUUAAACAAAGAUGUAGGCAAUAAAUUCAUUUUCUUAAUCUGUUGAUUCUGUUUAAUUUUAUUAAAACUUGUAAAUAUGUGUACAAGUAAAUUAUGAAAAUGUAAGUAUGAUAAUGAUGAAUUUGAUUUUACUAUGUUUUGUAGAAAUUCAUCAAAAUUGUGUGUAGAAGAAAUUCUGUAUUUUCUUCUGUUUGGUUCCAAUGCAAUAUUUAAAUCUACUGCCACUGAUUCAAUGAAAUCCCUGUAUAAUUCAUUGUCAUGCUUUAAGAAUGAAGGAAAUAAUAUUAAUGGGGAAAAAUAUAACUAAUGAUACAUAUAAGCUAUAAUCAUAGCACAUUGAUUUGUUAUAUCAUAUUAUUCUCUUCUAUAAAAAAGUUAUAAUUGAUUUGAUUUUUGCCUUGAUUUCUACACAAAUUUAGGAAGGAUUUUCAUUUGAAAUGAAGUAAUUGCAAUAAAUGAAAACUGUUUACAUGUAAUGUAACUACAGACAGUUGUUAAUGUUAUUUGUUUAUAAGAAUUAUAGUUGUACUUCAAGCUAAUAUUUUUACAAUAGAGAUGAUAAUUUUGGAGAAAAUGAUGUAAAAAUAGACAAAGUUAAACGCAUAUAAAUACUCAUGGAUUUCGAUCAAUUGCCUAGCUUGCCGCUGUCGAGCAUGAUUUAUAUUAGCUAAUCUGUACUAGACUUACUUCUGUAAUUUUUUUUUCAUUGGUUACGCAUGAGGACUAGUGCUACUUUACUCUUUUAUUCAAAGAUUUAGCCCACAAAAGGAAUUUAUGAAUCUUAGUAUAAAAGUUUUUUGCACUAAUUUCAGCACAAGCUUUAAAAUAUAGGUUACCAUGUAUGGAUAUUCUUGGUAUCGAAAUGAAAAUCCAAGUACAUCUUUAAGAUAUGUUAAACAAAUCUGGGAAAAAAUGUUAAACAUGAUUUCUUUUAUCAUUUUAUCUUAUUUUAAAAGUAGACGAAUAUGUUUAAAGCUGUUUAUUAAGUUUUUAGUUAAAUGUAAAUACAUACUUUGUUACAAGUUGUAUUUUGAAAUUAUAAUAACAAUAUCUAGACAGAAAUAAAUGGCAUCUGAUUUUUAUUUGGUUGUAUAGAAAAUAUUUUGUUAACAGUCACGUUUUCCAUUGAUUAUUUGUUUAUUCUGUCAUGCAUUAGCAUUUUUACUUCAUUGUCAUUUUUUAUGAAGGACUUUUAGAAAAUUAGUAUAAAAUCAACAAUUAUCUUCUGAUGGAAACUUACACAUGAAGUAUGGUAUAACAAGGUUGCUGAAAAUAAUAAUCACUGAAGCCUGAUGGUAAAAUAAGCCUUUGAAUACAUUAAAAGGAACUUGACUUCAUGUAUAUGAUCUCUUUGGUUUUUUUUUUCUUUUUAAGAAAAACAACUUAAUACAAAUUAAGUAGGAGUAAACAGUUAUUCAGUUUUUUUAUACACAGGGUUAAUAAUACAUGCCUACAGUCAUUUUCUACAUGGACUAAUAUAUAUAUGAUCAGUACUAUUACAUAUUCUUUUGCAGACAUCAAUCCUAUUUUUAACUUAGUUAGAAGUAGGAACUUACACUUGAUUUGUAAAUACAUUGAAAUGACUAUAUUGAUGAUUCAUAUUAAAUCUUACUAAUCUGUUA